CGGGACGGGCGGGGGAGAUGCUGCGGAAGGCGACCUGCCGGCUUGGGGCUUCUCUUCUGCGAUUGAUCACGGCACGCACCAUGGCUGGAGUGCCCACGGUCUCGUUCCUUGAACUCCGUUCGCUCCUAUCCUCGGGCCGGGCCCGCCUCAUCGACGUGCGAUCCCGGGAGGAGGCUGCGGCCGGGACCAUCCCAGGGGCGCUUAAUAUCCCGGUGUCUGAGCUGGAAAGUGCCCUGCAGAUGGAGCCAGCUGCUUUCCAGGCUUUGUACUCUGCUGAGAAGCCAAAGCUGGAAGAUAAGAACCUCAUUUUCUUCUGUCAUCUGGGCAAGAGGGGAUUCCAGGCCACACAGUUGGCCAGGGGCCUUGGAUACACUGGGGCUUGCAACUACGCUGGGGCCUAUAGAGAAUGGUUGGAGAAGAUGGGUUAGACGAUGGUUUACUGAUUGCACCCUCUUCCUCUCAAAUGACACUCCGUGGUGACCUUUACUAGAAGUGAGGAAGGGGCUGACUUGCUGGGUUGGGCAACUCCUUGUAGUGCCAUGCACACCAAAAAUCAAAUAAAGAGCAUUUAAUC